AUGCACACGCUUUUCGCUACCUUUCCUUCAUUCUCCCCGCCAUUUGUUUCUGUUCCUCUUUCUUUUUUGCCGAUUGCGCGUGACAUCGUGCACCACUGCGCGGGUCUUCUGCGUCGACCCAAAGUAUUAAGAAUGAGUGGGGAGUUCUCACUGCUGCAGCACCUCGGCGUCACCGUGGACAGGUGCGAUUCCUCCGCCGAUCGUGCUCCUCCGACGCAUUCAGCGAAGGCGGCUUUUCGGGUGUGGGCACCGACACAGCACCCUCCAUCGAAGUGCGGUACAGCAGAGGAGACGUGCCGGGUACUGGAAAAGAAGCGCAAGGGCGCCCACUCCUCGUAUGCCGAUCCCACCGGAGAGGUGCUUCUACGUCGGAAAAAUGGAGUGGAGGUUGAGUAUGUUGUGUACAACUCCAAGAUUCCAUCGGUCCAUGGUGUCAACAAGCGACUUGCCGAGACGAAGGCUGAGCGGGAGCGCGAGGAGAACUCCCCCUAUGUCAUGUGCGGUCUCGCGCUAGGCAAAGGCGAAGCUGGACAGGAGGAGGCGCGACGGUUGCUGCUGCAGGAACUGCGCCGGUGCAACCAGGAGCAGGCGCGUAUGAAGAAAGAGGAGGGUCUUCGCGAGCGUGCUCGACGCAUAGAACACGAGCGCGCUGUUAUACAGUACAACGCGGGUGAGGCAGCACGUGAAGAGGGGAAUGCGACGCAGAAGAAAAAGAUGGACGGGGAAGCUGUGAGCGAAGCAGCAGUGAAAGCUCUCGCCCUGCGAGAAGAGCGGCGAGCGGAUGCACCUGUGGAGUCGAGAGUUGUUGCGAGUGGAUGGGACGGCAAGGACGAAGAUGACCGCCGGCGCCUCGCCGCAGCGGAGCGCACGCGGCAGCUUGCCGAAGAGAACUUCCGUGCGGCGGAGCAGAGGCGUGCGGAACGCAUGGCGCAGGAGCAGGGAGCGCGCGAAAGGGCGCAAGUGGAGCGCAUGGAACUGCAGAGGCAACUCGCACACGAGCAUGAGAAGGAUCUGGAAAGGCACCGUCGCAACGCUGAGGCGUUGCGAGGUGCACAAGAGGCCGCGCGCGAGCUCCGGUCGAGGGCGGACGCCGCUGAUGCGCACUUAAAAGCGGUGCCGUCGGGGUCGCUUUUCGACGCGGUGGAAAGGCGACAGCGGGAUGAGGCGAUGCGGGCACAGCAGAAGCGGAUGGAAGACAUGGCCGUGAACGUGCGUCUGGCGGCGCAAAAACGAGCAAACGCGCAGGCCGAGAGGGAUAGGGAGCGGCAGUACGCCGCGGAGUAUGCGAAGGCGGAACUGGAGAGCUUUCAGCGUGAAGUGGAGCACGCGCGUCAGAGGCGCCAGCAGGCGCGUCUGGAGCUACAAGACGCAGCAGAGGCGGCUGCAAAGGUUCGACAGGCUCACGCAGACGCCGCGCGACAGCGAGAGCAGUCAAUGGAGCCCCUUCUCUUCUGGCCAGCGGCGCAGUCGCCGGGAGCCGAGAAGGCCAAGAUAGCUGAAAGUCGUCGCUUUCGUGAGGACCUUUGCCGACAAGCCGAAAAAAAGCGCAACGAGCGCGCUCAGGAAGAGGAAGCGGAACGGGCGAGGGAACGCGCACUCAUCGAGUACGAUACCCGAUCAGCGCAGGAGGCUGUAGAGCGUGAGCGCAAGGACACGAGAGAAAAAGCAGAGCACCUCCGGCGCGUUUUGGAAGCGCAGAUUGCACAGAAGCGCAAAGGAACGGUAGGGAGCCGGCAAGCAUGUGCCGCUGUGGAUGUCUCACACGUACCCGCUACAGAGCCGAUGAUACUGUACCGUUGCCCCGUGACUGGAGAGCUUCUGCCUGCCAGCGCUUACGACUUUGGCGUUCAGCGAGGACGGUAG